AUGACAGAAUAGUAGUAAUUAAAUAACCAAGGCAAUCGAACAAGAAUGAUUGGGAAUUAUGUAAUAGGUAAUCGAGCUUAGUGUAUAGGGAGGUAAAACUUUGGGAUUUGGAACAUUUGGGAAGGUCAAAAUGGUUGUUCACGAGCAAUCACAAGAGAAAGUGGCAAUUAAAAUAUUGGAGAAGGAUAGAAUAGUGGAAACUGCAGAUGUAGAAAGAGUACAGAGAGAGAUUCAUAUCUUAAAGUUAGUUAGACAUCCUCAUAUAAUCUAACUAUAUGAGGUAAUGACAUCUUAUAUUUAGAUUAUUGAAACACCAAAGCACAUAUUCUUAGUAAUGGAAAUGAUUAGUGGUGGCGAAUUAUUUGAUUAUAUAGUCUAAAAUACAAGGUAAUCUGAUUGAAUUAAUAAGAUUGGAAGAAGUUGAGGCAUGUAAGUUAUUUUAAGAACUAAUUGCUGGAAUUGAAUAUCUACAUAAACUAAGAAUAGUCCAUAGAGAUUUGAAACCAGAGAACUUGUUGCUUGAUCACCAUAAGAAUCUCAAAAUUGUUGAUUUUGGAUUAUCCAACACCUACAAAUCGGAAGAAUUAUUGAAGACUGCUUGUGGAAGUCCAUGUUAUGCUGCUCCUGAAGUAUAGAAAAGUCUAAUUAUCUAGAUGAUUGAAGGGCAAAAAUAUUAAGGAGUGAAAGUCGAUUUGUGGAGCUCAGGAGUUAUAUUAUUUGCAUGUUUAUGUGGUUAUUUGCCAUUUGAAGAUCAAAAUACUUCUGCUCUUUACAAAAAGAUAUUAAGUGGAUCAUAUUAACUUCCAUCUCAUCUCUCUAAGGAGGCUUAAUCAAUGAUUUAAGGAAUCUUGACAGUCAAUCCAGAAAAACGAUUUACUAUCAAUGAUAUUCGAAACCAUCCUUGGUUUAAGAUCUAUAAAAGAACUUAUGAGAUUCCUCCAGGAAUUGUGGUUGGAUACAAUAGAAUUCCAAUUGACUAAGAAAUACUUAAAUAGUUAAAAUAAUACGGAAUAGAUAUAGAUUAUGCCUAAAAGUGUUUAGAUGCCAAUAAACACAAUGAAAUAACGACCUUUUAUCAUUUGCUUCUGAAAAGACAUUUGACAAAUGGAGGUAGAUCAACAGCUGAUCUUAAUUCUGAAUCAUUUGAUAUUACCCUUUUAGAACCUAAACAAAGACCCUAAAAAGGUAAUUUUGAUUUCUCAUUUCAUAGCUCCAAUUAGUUCAUUAGUUAAUAAUGAAGUCAUCAAACAGCAAAUGAAAGAUGAGAUUAUAAAAUAACGAUCAUAUUCAACUGAUAAAGAUAGAGGUAGAAUUACUAGGACAGCUAAUUAAAAUAAAAUAUUGGCCGAUAAUGAUUUAAGUGUCAACAGAAUAGGAAAUAACGGAUAAGCUCAAAGUGUAUAAGCAAGAUAGAAAGAUGAAAACUAUUUUGAAUAGUCACCAGUCAUCAAAAAUAAAAAGGUUCCUUAUUCCAAUAUGCUGUGUCAAAAAUAUGGCAUUAAAUUCAAGAAUAAUAAUGUGACCUCAAUUGACUAUCACCAUAAGGAUGAUAUUAAAAAAGUCAGUUCUAGAAAUAAAAGAGAAAUAGAUAUCAUGAAUCCUUAUCGAAGCUCAAGCAGAGAACAAUAAUAAUUAAAUAGAAUGCUUUAAAGUGGAGGAAGAUCACAAAAUAGCAAAAAAGAAAGGGCUUAUAUUACUAGUCAUAACAAUCAAUCGUUUGAUGUACCCUUGAAUUCAAACCAAUCAAAUAAAUAAAGGGCAAUAAAUUAAUAAAGAUCUGCUCAUUUUCAUCAUGAUUGA